ACUAGAUAGUGACCAGUACGGAGGGUUAUUUGAAAGAUCACAGACUUUGUUUCAGGAUGUGGUAGACAGAAUGACCGAAGGUUACCUAACUGGAUUGAACGCUGAUCACAUUAGCAGUGCUCUGAUCAACGAUGUCCUCAGUCUCCUUGCGAUCAUCCCGAUGACGAUCCGACCUAGCUCCCUUCGUGACGUCACUCAACAAAAUCUAGAGAACCUGACCUAUUCUCUUGUACAGGAGUUAUGUGGAUCUAAUUUUUCGAGUUCCGAAACGAUGAGAACACUUCGUCAACAAACCAAGCGUCAAAUUGUGUCGUGUGUUCUACCUAUCAGCCCCGUAACGGCGAACGUCAUGUUGGGGAUGAACUCUAUGAUAACCUCGGCUGACCCUAAUCCAUCAACUGUAGAAAAUCUGUUUGAUUCUAUAAACAUGUACUUGAGUGGAAUGUGUCAACAUCUUGUUGUUGGAGAAGAUCCUGCUAUCAUCUGGACCACUCUUGCUACUCUCCGAAGUGAGAAACUGGAGUUCGACCAUAUAGCUGGACAAAAUCUGACCUUAGCAUCAUUGGAUAACGGUCAGAAUAACCACUGGCUUGUUCUUGGUAGUCAACUUAUGGGUGCAUACCAAAUGUGGACUUGUGACACAAUCACGUGUUACGGUGCGUGUGUUGGUUCAGCAGAAAUCGCCCUUUCAGCAGCAGCUGUUGUUGGAGGAAGUACACUUGUGGGCUCCUUGUUAGAAAUUGGUCUUUACAACCCAGUCACUGGCCAACGGAUCCUGAUAGACAAACUCUCAACUCCAGUGACUUUCACAGUUCGAGUAGAGAAUUUGCAGAUUGGUAAUCGUGAAAUAAUCUUAUGUGGGAUGUUCAACCUUGCCACCAGAAGCUGGAAUACCGAUACUUGUGUUAAAACCAAUCUUGAUCUAAACACAGGAACCUUGACCUGUGAAUGUACUGCCCUCGGCUAUGUCGGGGCUGUACUACACGAUAGUGUAACCACUGACGAACCAACAACAAUUUUUACUACUGAGGAGUUAUUGUUUGAUGUCGAAACCCAAAGAACAACAAUUGAACCGACUACCACAGAUAUUUUCACAACUGCUGAAGAAACUGAAUCCACUACAACAAAAUUGCCCUCUACAGUGACUUACCUCGUGACAGAACGUAAGCUCCCUAGCACAGAACCACCCACAACCUUUGCCAGAGUCCCAACGACCAUCUUAACUCCGGUAUCUUCUCAGAACUCUUCAACAUCUCCCCCUCCUAUUGAUAUGUUCCUUAAACUUGCUGAAGAUUUUUAUGCCAUUGUUGGAGACCAAGAAGGUGCAUUCACAACACACCUUCUCCAUCAAAUAUCUAAUAUUAUGGGACUGCCCUACCCUGUUUCUCCUACUUCAGAAUCUCUCCAGGUAGUAUAGACGUCAAGUUUGGACUUGUUCCUUAUAAUAGUAACACUACCAUUGUCGAUGGAAAUAGUCUACAGGCCUCAACGAGUGAACUCACGCAAAAGAUUAAUAGUGGAGAAUUGAAACUUACCGAUCUGAACGGGAAUCAGUUAACCGUUGUUCAGCUAUCGUCAACGGCCACUACUACUGUAGCGCCACCUAAUAGUUUUUUGAACUUUACCCCCAUCAUCCUCGGUAUUGUAAUUGGAGUUUUCGUCUUAAUGCUCAUACUUGUUAUUAUGACAGCAAUGGUCGUGAAGCACUUGAGCAGAGCCACCUGUCGGGUGAUGCCUGAAGAAUCUGCUGGUAAACCGCCGUCCUACCGCGGUAUCCAUCACGAAGAAGCACUAUUUACAACAGCUGGUAGCUAUGGCUACAGUAACCGUCGACUGAGCGUUCCUUCAGCUCCGUUGUAUCGCCCACCAACUAAAUCUGAAAUUAACAAGACGCCACGUCCUCCUUCGUCAUUGCGAGAACGACUUAAACAAAACGACUUAAAGAUAGACGAAGAAGAUGUCGACGAAAGGGUUGAUAGGAGUAAACCUACUCCUGUAGAACCUUAGCUAACCAAGCACCUGGUGAUGAAAUCAGAAAGUAAUAUCUUUGCAUACAUACUGUUUAUUUUGUUUUUUGAUACAGUAUAAUUUUCUAAGAAAAACAUAAACUAGUUCACUUAUUGUGUGUUUAUUAUGUGCUAAGUUUCUCAAGUACACCAUGAACACUGUUAUUAGUAACUCCAUAUUCAAUGAACACUGUUAUUAGUAACUCCAUAUUCAAUGAACACUGUUAUUAGUAACUCCAUAUUCAAUGAACACUAUUAUUAGUAACUCCAUAUUCAAUGAACACUAUUAUUAGUAACUCCAUAUUCAAUGAACAUGUAUUAAUAAUUUCCUGUUAAUUGAACACUGUUACUCAUAGCUUCCUAUUCAAUGAACAUUGUUAUUAGUAACUCACUCCCUACUCAGUGAACACUGUUAUUAAUUAUUAACUUCCUAUUCAGUAAACACUGUUAUUAGUUUUUAUUGAAAAAACUUUAAUUUCUUUCCAUUGUUAAAUGUCUUAACCACCAGAGAACAAAUAUCAUGUUCAGUCUGACUCUACAUAUAUACAGUUGAAACAGGUAACAAGUAAAAACAAAUCGCACAAGUUUUUAUGUAAAAAAUAACCUCGUGUGUCUCAAUAGUCUGUCUAGAAGAAUUUAAACAAAAAAAAUAUAAAAAAUAUGUGUGCCUUUUUAUGUAAUAACUUUACGUCAUCAAACACAAGAAAAUAGGUAAACUAAGAGUGCUGAAUACAUGUAUUAUAUUGGAUGGAAUUUUCAUUUAUAUUCAUAAAUAUUUAGAAUAAUAUAUAAAUAUAAACAUUUUAUUGAGUGCGUUAUGUUUUAUUUUCGGAAUUCAACAUGAAUAAGAGCGACUUUGUACUGGGUUUUAAAAA